AUGGAUAUUGAACAUAAGCACAAAAACUUUGGAGUAUCUGGACCUUUCUGUAAACUCCCUUACCGGCUUUGGUCAACCUUCGCUUGUUGUCCUUCCCUGGGUCAAGCUAGAAACAACAAGUUAACUGGAGAGAUUUCACCAUUGAUUUGUGAUCUGAGUGCUCUUCAAAUUCUUGUUUUGCCAAAUAACAAGUUGAGUGGCAUGCUUCCUCAGUGUCUUGGAUACUUCAGCGAUGAUCUACGAGGGCAGUUGCCAAGGCCAUUGGCGAAUUGUGUGAUGCUUGAAUCUCUUAUUCUGUCAGACAAUGAAUUCCAUGAUGUUUUCCCCUUUUGGUUGGGGACUCUCCCAGAAUUGAAAGUUUUGUCAAUGCACCAUAAUGGGUUCUAUGGUGUGAUUGGGAAACAAAAAAGGAAUCUUCAUUUCCCUGAGUUGCGCAUUCUUGAUCUGUCUCACAAUAAUUUCAGCGGCGAGUUUCCAUCUGAAUACAUCUUUUCUGGAAAUCCCAUGAGAGGUAUCACUCUAGACCAACCCACAUAUAUGGACACAAACUCAACAUCUAUUACUUUCGGUGUUAGCUCAGGGGCUUACAUUUAUCACUUCUCAAUCACAGUAACAAAUAAAGGUGUUGAUAGAUACUACUCAAAGAUUCAAGAAGACUUUGGGGUCGUUGAUAUCUCAAGCAACAAAUUUGAAGGGAAGAUUCCUGAAUUCAUUGGGAACCUAAAGGGCCUUCGCUUGCUCAAUAACAAGCUCUCAGGAGAGAUCCCACCACAACUUACGCAGCUUACAUUCCUUGGAAAUUUCAAUGUCUCUCACAAUAAUCUCACAGGUCCUAUACCAUAUAGAGGCCAACUUACUACAUUCGAUGUCACUUCAUAUGAGGGAAACCCGGGAUUGUGCGGAGAUGUGUUGCCAAAGAAAUGUGGAGAUCCUAAUGCUUCUCAACUGCCACCAUCAACCGAAGAAGAAAACGAUUCAGGCUCUGAAUUUGAACUUGAUUGGAAAUUUGCUUUGGCAGGAUUCGGAAGUGGGUUGGUAAUGGGAGUGGUGCUUGCGGAUGUAGCUAUCUCAAGGAGGCGUGAGUGGUUCCUUGAGAUUGUUGGAAGGAUCAGACUAAUAAUCAUGAAAAGGAGGAAGAGUAGGGGACCCAGAAACUCAAUUUAUUAG